AUAAUGUUUUAAGUAAUUUAAAUGUAACUGUUCAAUUUUUUUCUUUGUGUUACGAAACACUAAUCGAGUGAAACGGUAGUUUAUGAUGAUUUGACGAGAGUAAUGAAGCGGAGAAAGUAUUGGAAGAAUUAUCGGUCAUGUUCACUAUUAUCUUUUAUUAACUUGAUUGUAAAAACAUCGUACGCAAUAAAGGAAUAUGUAAUUCAAUACAUGCCUCAACAUACUUUUGUUCUUCUACUGACAGAAAACUGAUCAGUAAAGCAGUUACGUUUAAAAAUAAGACAAUCAAUUUAAACAGGGAAAAUAGUAAUGAACUGUAAACGUUUACUAAUUCGGAGAUCUUUUCGUUGCUCGUGAGAUAAUAACAAGCAGAACAAGAGGAUUAAGAGAUCAACGCAUUAAUUAACUUUCCCAAAGAACGACAACGUGAUGUUACAUCCACGAUUUGAUUGUUCUUUGUUGAAAAAUGUCAGAAUCACAGUCGAUUUGAAAGCAUACUUCCUGCAUGCAAUAAAACAAGACAAGUGGGAUAAACCAUGCUGAAUGUUACUGGUUUUAUUAUCACAGAUCGGAUUAUUGGACUUAGGAGGGUAUUUCAACGGGCUUUCUUGCGAUUUUUUAUGUAGUAAUAGCGAGUUGCCGGAUUCGAAGGAUUCAAUAUGAGGUGUCUUCAGUUUCUUGGAUUUGUUUUGUGUUCCAUAACGCUGAUUGGGGCACUACCUAUGACAAGAAGGCAAGAACGAACAGUGAUUAUAAAACCACAAACAAGUAUUAAAACAUUUGAUGUUCCUCUGGGAAAUAGCAGUAUCACAACAUGGAUGACAGUACAAAAAGGCAUAUUUCCAAACACAACCAACAUCGAAGAACCUCUACCUAUAGGAGAACCCGUUACGAUAUUUAUAUAUCUUAAAGACGAUAGCAAUUUAUACGAUAUACAAGUAUCAGAUUGCUGGGCUUAUGACAAUGAAAACAUCAAUCAUUCCCAGAACAAAAUCAGAUUAACACCCUAUGGAUUCAACAGAAGGGCAGCACAGAGGAAAACCAUAAAAAAAUGGAAUAAAAUGAAGUUUGCUUCAGAUUUUGGUUUAUCAACACUUUUACAUGCAAGUCUGAAUGCUUUCAAAUUUCCAGAAAAGGACAGCUUGCAUUUCGUCUGCGAUGUAGAGCUCUGCUUCAAAUCAUGUGAAACAAUUUACAAAAUGAGAAAAAGAUAUGGAGCUGAUUUGGCAGAAACUGAACAACAAAUCUGAAAAAAACUCAAAUGGAAAUUUUGAAUUAGUGUAUAUUAUCAAGGAUUAUCCUUUGUUAUUAGGUAUUAUUGUGAUUCAACUUAUGAUAUUAAUUUAUUUAAGCGUCAACUCAGCAACUGCCACCAUUUGAUAAGUUUCUUUGAAACUAUCAGAGCAAAUUAUU